AUGCAGUCCGAACCGGGAAGAAAAGUCACGGUGCAUUUGACCAUGUCCAAUGAUGAUGAUGACAAUUUGAUGGUGAUAGUUUCAUCAGGAAAUAGAAUGAAUGAAGUGACGAAUCAAUAUUCAGAAGCGGACGCUUUAUUAACUGAGAACGGAAAUGAAGACCAGUAUGAAGGAGGUACAACUCUAAUUGAAGAUAUUCUGAGAAGUUGGCAAGAGGACAACAAGUACUUUGUCCAAACAAGGGCAAGCACAUUUGUAGAAGAAAAGAUUAAAAGUCAAAAUCUGGUCACGGUCGUCGGUAAUUCUGGUUGCGGAAAAUCGGCAAUUAUUCAACAUAUCGCACUUAAGUUAAAGGAAGAACAGGGAUGGAAUAUUAAACCAGUCGAUGAGGUGAAAGAAAUAAAAGAAAUAUGUUCUCCUGGAAUAUCGCCAGAUAACCAAACACUGUUUGUACUGAAUGAUCCUAUUGGGAUGUGUGAACUUCUGGACAACAUGGACGUUUCUGUGAUUGGUAGAACUUUGAAUGAACUGGAUGGAUCCUACAUCAAACGUGUCGGUCAAUUUUACAAAUUCCUUCACGACUUUAUCAUGGAGAUAACGACCCUGGUGUUUGGUGUUGAUUGUCCACAAGAGACGAUUCGAUACGCAGACGGUGGUUUUCUGAGACGUCGGAUGAAGAUUGAAGACGAUACAGAAGAGGAAGAUCGCGAUCCCUUCACUGUUUACCUGCCUGAAGAGUACAUCGGUGAUCUUGUGGACAGGUUUAUUAUUGACAUGCAAACAGAACACCUUGUAGAUGUUCUCCUCAAUCCCUGUUUAAGAAAAGAGAGUGUCAUAAAAUCCUUAAUGGAAAAGAAAUUAGCAGAUUUCGGUGCUGAUGUAAACAAGUUAACAACUGAUGAUAAGUGGACUCCAUUACUUUUAGCUACUACAAAUGACGAAGUUCAUGUAACAGAAGCUGGGAUGGAAACAAAUGAAGGAGAGAGACGUAAUAUGACCAUUAUUGUCUUAAUAAACAAGGGUGCUAACAUCAAUUUAUGUACCAACGAUGGAGCCAGUCCUCUUUAUAUAGCUUGUCAAAAUGGACAUGACAGCACGGUAGAACUGUUACUGAAAAACGGUGCCGACCUCAAUUUAUGUAUCGAUAAUGGUGUUAGUCCUCUUUAUAUAGCUUGUCAGCAAGGACAUGACAGCACGACAAAACUUUUACUGAAAAACGGUGCUAACAUCAAUACAUGUACCUACGAUGGAGUCAGUCCUCUUCAUGCAGCUUGUAAAACUGGGUAUGACAGCACUGUUAAACUGUUACUGAACAACCGUGCAGACAUCAAUUUAUGUAACGAAAAUGGAGUGAGUCCUCUUUACAUAGCUUGUCAACAUGGACAUGUCAGCACGGUACAUAUGCUACUGAACAACGGUGCCGACAUCAAUUUAUGUGACAAGAAUGGAGUCAGUCCUCUUUGUGUAGCUUGUCAAGAUGGACAUGACAGCACAGUACUACUAUUACUGAAGAAUGGUGCUGAUGUGGAUUCAUGUACAAACGGUGGAGCCAGUCCUCUUCAUGUGGCUUGUCAAUAUGGACAUGAUAGCACUGUGCAACUGUUAAUGAACAGCAGUGCCAACAUCAACUUAUCUUGUCAACUUGGACAUGCUAACACGGUGCAAUUGUUACUGAACAACGGUGCCGACAUCAAUUUAUGUACAAACGUUGGAGCCAAUUUAUGUACAACCGAUGGAGUCAGUCCUCUUUUUAUAGCUUGUCAACAUGGACAUGCUGACAUGGUACAACUUUUACUGAACAACGGUGCCAACAUCAAUUUAGGUACAAGCGAUGGAGCCAGUCCUCUUUUUAUAGCUUGUGAACAUGGACAUGAAAGCAUGGUACAACUGUUACUGAACAACGGUGCCGAUAUCAAUUCAUGUACCAACGACGGAGCCAGUCCUCUUCAUAUAGCUUGUCAAAAAGGACCUGAUAACGUGGUUUAUUUGUUACUGAACAACGGUGCCAACAUCAAUUUACGUACAAACGAUGGAGCCAGUCCUCUCUAUUUUGCUUGUCAAAAUGAACAUUAUAGCACGGUACAAAUGUUAUUUGACCACGGUGUCGACGUCAAUCUAUGUGAUAAGAGUGGAGCCAUUCCUCUUUAUUUGGCUUGUGAAAAAGGACAUGAUAGCAUAGUCCAACUGUUACUGAAAAAAGGCGCCGUCAUCAAUUCAUGUACAAACGAUGAAGUCAGUCCUCUAUAUAUAGCUUGUCAAAAUGGACAUGACAGCACUGUAAAACUUUUACUGAACAACGGUGCCGACAUCAAUUCAUGUACAAACGAUGGAGCCAGUCCUCUUUUUAUAGCUUGUGAAAAUGGAGAUGACAGCACAGUACAUAUGCUACUGAACAACGGUGCCAACAUUAAUUUACGUACAAACGAUGGAGCCAGUCCUCUUUUUAUAGCUUGUGCAAGUGAACAUGACAGCACGGUACAACUGCUACUGAACAACAGUGCCGACAUCAAUUUAUGUACAAACGAUGGAGUCAGUCCUCUUUUUAUAGCUUGUGAAAAUGGACGUGACAGCACGGUUCAUAUGCUUCUGAACAAUGGUGCCGACAUCAAUUCAUGUACAAAUGAUGGAGCCAGUCCUCUUUUUAUAGCUUGUGAAAAUGGAGAUUACAGCACAGUACAUAUGCUUCUGAACAACGAUGCCGACAUCAAUUUAUCGUGUGAAAAUGGACAUGAUAGCCCUGUACAACUGUUACUUAACAGUGAUGCCGACAUCAAUUUGUGUACAGACGAUGGAAUCAGUCCUCUAUAUAUAGCUUGUCAAAAUGGACAUGACAGCACUGUAAAACUGUUACUGAAAAAUGGUGCCAACAGCAAUUCAUGUACAAGUGAUGGAGCCAGUCCUCUUUACAUAGCUUGUCAAAAUGGACAUGAUAGUACGGUGCAACUGUUACUUAACAGCGGUGCCGACAAAAAUUUAUGUUACAAGAAUGGAGUCAGUCCUCUUCAUGUAGCUUGUCAAAAUGGACAUGACAGCACGGUACAACUGUUACUAAACAACAACGCUGCCGACAUCAAUCUCGAAAUGAUAGUGGUACUCAUAUUGUCAGACAACUCCAUCCACCGCGACCCAUUGACAUCUCGACCCAAUGACAAUGGCCAAACAGUGUCAAAUGGGGUCAUACUGGAGUUGAUUAAGUGUUAA